GCAUCCACACCCAAGGUGGGACGCGGGGUGAGUCAGACUGACAGGUGGGAAAGAGUCUGACAUGAGUCGGGUUUACGUGAGGUGCAGCUGAUCGCUGUAGGACGUAAUUUUGGGCUUUAACGACACACUGAAGUGAAAGUGAAGGCAUUUGGCGGAUCAGUCUUCUCUGUGAUGGAGCAGUGAAGUGAAAGCCAUGAUGCUGCAGCAGGCCGGGGCCAAACCCCGGAGACAAGCUUUACGGGGAGCUGGUUACCUGUUUCAUGCCCAGUCCUCCUCCUGCCUCUCCAUGACAGAGGAGCUUUUCUUAGAUGCUGCAGAAUAUGGCAACAUUCCUGAAGUGAGGCGGAUGCUAGAGGAACUGCCAAACCUCAAUGUCAACUGUGUAAACUAUAUGGGCCAAAGUGCAUUGCAGCUGGCAGUUGCCAAUGAGCAUUUAGAAGUGACUAAGCUCCUACUUAAGAAGAAAGACCUUGCUAGAAUAGGAGAUGCUUUGCUGUUAGCUAUCAGUAAAGGCUACAUCCGUAUAGUGGAGGCCAUACUGAGCCAUCAGGCCUUUGCAGACAGUCAGAGGCUCACUAACAGUCCCAACCAGGUGGAGACACAUGACGACUUCUAUGCCUACGAUGAGGACGGCACACGUUUCUCUCACGACAUCACUCCCAUCAUCUUGGCUUCCCAGUGCCAUGAGUAUGAAAUCGUGCAUAUACUUCUUAUGAAGGGGGCCCGUAUAGAGCGACCCCAUGACUACUUCUGUCAGUGCAGGACCUGCAGUGAUCAGCAGAGGCAUGACGCUUUUAGUCAUUCACAAUCCCGUAUCAAUGCAUAUAAAGGUCUGGCUAGCCCAGCAUAUAUGUCCCUCUCCAAUGAAGACCCCGUGAUGGCAGCUCUGGAGCUGAGCAAUGAGCUUGCAGUUCUAGCCAACAUUGAGAAGGAGUUCAAGAAUGAUUACAAGAAACUGUCCAUGCAGUGUAAAGAUUUUGUGGUGGGACUGCUGGAUUUGUGUCGAAACACAGAGGAAGUGGAGGCCAUUUUAAAUGGGAACACUGAAUCGUGUGAAAACUCUGAAACCUUUGGCAGACAAAACCUUAUCAGGUUAAAACUUGCAAUAAAAUAUGAAGUUAAAAAGUUUGUAGCACAUCCAAACUGCCAGCAGCAACUCCUCUCCAUCUGGUACGAGAACUUCUCAGGACUACGUCAGCAAACCACAGCAGUUAAAAUCCUACUUGUUCUCGGUGUAGCUGUCGGUUUGCCCGUCCUGGCUUUUAUGUACUGGAUAGCACCGUCAAGUAAGUUAGGGAAACUCAUGUGUGGACCCUUCCUGAAGUUUGUGGCCCAUGCAGCUUCCUUUAUGAUAUUUCUCUGCAUACUGGUCCUAAACGCAGCAGACCGGUUUGAGGGAACAUCACUGCUACCUAACAUGACCACCCACGAUCACCCCAUGCAGCUGUUUCGUAUGAAAACCACCCCAUUCACCUGGAUGGAGAUUCUCAUCAUAUCCUGGGUCAUAGGGAAGAUCUGGGAAGAAUGUAAAGACAUUUGGUUGCAGGACAUCCGGGAAUACAUCUCAGAACCUUGGAACCUUCUUGACUUUAGUAUUUUGGCCAUAUUUAUGACGUCUUUCAUUGCCAGAUUAAUGGCUUUCUGGCAUGCAUAUUCUGCCCAGUGUUAUGUUGACAAGCACUAUACUGACCUGUCUAACGUGACCUUGCCCUUUGAAAUACAGUAUUUCCAGCUGGCUCGAAUCAACUGGAUGCCCUCAGACCCACAGCUUAUUUCCGAGGGCCUCUAUGCAGUUGCAGUUGUGCUGAGUUUCUCUCGCAUUGCAUACAUUCUGCCUGCCAAUGAGAGCUUCGGGCCUUUGCAGAUCUCUCUGGGAAGAACAGUAAAAGACAUCUUUAAGUUCAUGGUGAUUUUCAUAACAGUUUUUGUGGCUUUCAUGGUGGGAAUGUUCAAUCUGUACUCAUACUACCUCGGAGCCAAGCACAACGAUGCAUUUACAACGCUUGAAGAGAGCUUUAAAACAUUAUUUUGGGCCAUCUUUGGCUUGUCAGAAGUGAAAUCAGUGGUCAUUAACAUCGACCAUAAGUUCAUUGAGAAUAUUGGCUAUGUUCUGUAUGGGGUGUACAACAUCAUAAUGGUGAUCGUCUUGCUGAAUAUGCUCAUUGCCAUGUUCAACAGCUCCUUCCAAGAAAUUGAGGAUGAUGCAGAUGUUGAGUGGAAGUUUGCUAGAGCUAAGCUCUGGUUCUCAUACUUUGAGCAAGGCGGCACACUGCCUGUGCCCUUUAACCUUGUACCAAGCCCUAAGUCCAUCAUCUCUCUCUUGCUGGGGAUAAGGGAAUUUCUCUGGGCUGUACCUCAAGACAAAGGCAAAGAAAAUUCAAAUGAUGAGAUGGAGCUUAACAAGUUAAGGCAACAGGAAGAUCUAAGUGUGGAAGCAUCACUUUCUCCAACCCGACACCAAAAGAUAAUGAAUCGUCUUAUCAAAAGAUACAUUGUAAAAGCACAAAGCGAUAAAGACAAUGAUGAAGUGAAUGAAGGUGAACUGAAAGAGAUCAAACAAGACAUCUCCAGUCUCCGUUAUGAGCUGCUGGAGAGGGAGAACCACGACAUGGAGACAUUGGCAGAGCUCAUUAGGCAACUGGGAGAAGUCAUACAUGAUCAGCAGAAAGGAGUGCAGAGGCACAAGCUAGCCAUACAUUCUUAAAAAAUGUAAAUAUUAGAGAUGUAUUUACUGGAAAUGUUGAACUCAUCUCAUUAUUUAGGAAUUUAAUCAGGGUCAAAGUGCCCUCUUAUUUUAGACAGGUUUUUGUACAAAAACUUCCUUGAUAAACUUGGUUUAAAUGUUUAUCUUUUAGAGGAUAAUUUGUCAGAUUCUCCUUGUUCCUGUCCCUUGUACAUUUAACCACACGGUGGCACUAACUGAACUUUUUUCUUGUUGCACAGGCUCUGUUAUACUAAUGUGCACUAUUGGCUGCUAGCAUAUGAUGUUUAUAUGGUUUAAUUUAGGGGUAUUUUUUCAAUCUUGCAAAGAGAUGCAGUUUAGAUAAAUAAGAAGCAUAUAUUUGGAUGUGUCAGUGGCAGGUUCAUGAGCCACACAUAACAUAAAAAUAAGUGAAAGCUUGUUGGUAAUAACUGCCCUCAGAACUUUAUGUGAUUCUCAAGUUAUGAGAUUUUCUCUGUUAUGUAACCUUAACUAUUGUUUUUCUAAAAAUACAAGACAUUAACUUUGUUAGAUUUUUGAAUGUUGUGUUUUAUUAAGAUGUUGAUCACUUAAACAUAAUGUUUAAUGAAUGGAAUUAAAAUUGAUGUUGAGUAUUUUCAGCUCAUGGAGUACAGAAGGUUUAUGGGUUUUUAAAAUCAUUGCAGCAGAUGCUGUUGUGCUCUCUCACG